AUGGCAAGCAACAGUAGUUUAGUGGUGAGUGUGCUGGUAUUAGUGGUAUGUUCACUCUUCCAUAACCUGGUCAUUGUCUCCGGGCAGAAUGUGCCGGCAGUGGCACUGUUCACAUUCGGCGAUUCCAACUUCGACGCCGGAAAUGAAAAGUUCCUCACAAGUCGUACACUUGCUCAAAACUUCUGGCCUUAUGGUAAAUCCCGAGAUGACCCUAACGGAAAGUAUUCUGAUGGCAAAAUCAUCCCGGACUUUAUCGCAAAAUUCAUGGGAAUUCGACACGAUCUACCGCCGGCGUUUAAACCGGGCGUUGAUCUCUCACGAGGAGCCAGCUUCGCCGUUGGCUAUGCAUCGAUUCUUGGCUCUCCCAAAGAUUCUUUGACUAUGAAUCAACAAGUGAUGAAAUUCAGGCAGAUGUUAUCAAAUUGGAAAGAAGAUUACAUUACAAAAUCAGUGUUUAUGAUUUCCAUUGGUAUGGAAGAUUACUACAACUUCACCAAAACCAAUCCUAAUGCCGAUGCUUCUGCUCAACAAGCUUUUGUCGUUUCUGUCAUCAACCGGUUAAAGAGCGAUAUUAACAUGUUGUAUUCAUCGGGAGCUAGUAAAUUCGUGGUACAUAUGAUAGCGCCACUAGGUUGUUUACCGAUCGUAAGACAAGAAUUCGAAACUGGUAGCGAUUGUUACGAGAAACUCAACGAUUUGGCUAAACAACACAACGCUAAAAUCGGACCAAUGUUGAACGAAUUAGCGAAAACCAAACCGGGUUUCCAAUUCACAGUCUUCGAUUUCUACAAUGUCAUUCUUCGCAGGACACAAAGAAACAUGAAUUACCGGUACUCCUUUACGAAUAUAUCGUGCUGCGGUAUUGGGUCGCACAACGCGUAUGGUUGCGGUUUACCUAACGUUCACUCGAAGCUAUGCGAGUAUCAAAGAUCUUACCUAUACUUUGACGCUCGUCAUAACUCAGAGAAAGCACAAGAAUCGUUCGCUCAUCUUCUCUUUGGAGCCGACCCAAACGUUGUCCAGCCCAUGACCGUUCGUGAGCUUAUUGUAUAUCCUGUUGAUGAGCCUAUGCGUGAGUUUUGGGUGGAACCAAUGGACGAUAAUUUAUUGUUAGUCCACGACACUGACGUCGAUGCGAGUGGAUCUAUGUUCAUCGUCUAG